AUGGCAUUUUCCAUGCCGAUUUCCUACCCCAGCCUGAAGGCGAUCAUCGAGAAUGUUUGUAUGGAAAAACGGUGAGCAUUUCGGCCAGAUUUGCCAGUUUUUUCUCAAUUUAAUAUGUACGAUGCAACUUUAGUGUCGAAAAUCGAUAGUUCUUCAUUGAUUUUUUCGGCCACGGACCGAAAAGAUACUACAACCCAUGCAACUGUGUCAAACCGUGCUCAUUUCAGAGAAGACAUUGCCCGUCACUGCCCAACGACACGUCAAGUCGAGUCGCUGAUCCCGUACCACCUCGACCACCUUUGCCUCUCCGAAGUGUGUGUCACCGUCGACUCCCGCUUCUGGCUAUUCCGCACGCAUCGCGAGUACGUCGGCGGCGGCGGCGGAGCGAGGCCGCCGAGUCCGUACCUCGGACGGUCUCCCGGCUAUUUCGAGCAGGAUCCGUCAGAACUGCGGGAGAACGUGCUGUAUCCGGGCGAUAUUGUGAUCGAGCUGCCGCCGGCAGAGGAUUCGACGCGUCAGGAGAUCGCAGUGGAGAAUGUGCUGGACCAGUUGAACCUGAACAGACCGUUGAGGGCUUUGGGCCAGGGCCAGGAACUUGCCGCCGCUCUGGCUCGAGUCAAUUUUGAUGCUGCUGCGGCUGAAGAGCGACCAGCCGGACCAGGACCAGUUCUACUUCCGGCUCGAGGUCCCAUUGGAGUUCCGCUCCGUCUAAUGGGACCAGAUAUGGAUCGGAUUCCACCGCACGUCCCCGCAAUCGCGUUCAUGCCGUUCCUGGCGAGAGCUCGAGCUCGAGCUCUACCAGAACCAGCGCAGAAUGUUCAAGAACAAGAAGCUCCACAAAUCUCCUAUCAGCAAGAGGUCCACUACAACAGCCACGGGGAUACGAGGCCCGAGGCCGUCGAGCAACGCUUUCGCUUUCCGCUCGGCGUCAAGAAACGAGAUGUGAUGAAGGCGCUGACCGCUCACUAUUUGGGCAGAAGGGGAACGAUCCGUGUGAGACACCUCAAACUGAGUCAGUCCAACGGGGUUUGCCGGUUGCCCCCGGGCCUACGGCUCCAGGUGCGCGAGCUCACGCUGACCGUCAACGGCGACGGCAUUCUCGACGCAUUUGACUCAGUGCUCGAUAAACGGAGCAUGCCGCUCGACAAAGUGAGCAUUUGGGUGCAUUUUCCGGACGAUCCGGAAUUUCGAAAUCCCUGGGUACGCUAUGCGAACCCGCCAACGCACACAAACCGCAUCAAUUUUCAGAUCACCUCCGCGAAACGGCUGUGCGUCACAAAACCGUCGCAGCGAAUCGAGCGAGUUCAGUUUCUUCCGGCUAUUCUGGAACUUCGAAAUCAGGCGGUUCAUUUGGAAUUCAAAAAUUUCGCCAAAGACGAUGUGUUGGCACUGGCCCGGGUAAGCGUUUUGUAAAUCAAUAAAACUAUUAAACGAACCUUCCGCAACACCUUUUUUUUUAGCGUUGGCUCCGUGAUAACCGCCCGUUGGGCUCACUUUUCACUUUGGCGCUCACCGAUUUGCGGUUCGCCACCGAUACAUUCGAUUUGCUGGCAGACCGUCUUAACGCGGUGGUCGGGGAGUUGGAAAACAGGUUUGAAGAAAUGGAUGGUGGCCUAGAAAGCUCAAUUAAUUGUACUCUUCCAGACCGCCCGAGUACCGAAAAUGCGUGAUUUUGCCUAUGGAAGACGGGAAUGAGCUCAAUGUCUCCGCAAAUGCGGCCGCGAAUCCGAGGGUCAGAUUUCUGUGGGAUUUACGGAUGGAAGUGGUGCCACGUGGCAAAAAAUGA